AUGGCGGCAGCGGUGGGCGCAUCGCAGUCCCUUUGCGUCUCUACACUUCAGCAUCAGCAGCAGCACAUAGCCUUUCUCCGCUCAGAUGCGACUCAGCUGCAGCAGAAGGUGAUGGCAGAGGUCUCUAAGUUUGAAGAGCACACACUCCUCCUCAGGGACUUUCUCCUUAACUUUGUAGAUGAAUUCGCCGACGCUCAACAGCUCCCUCAUGGUGAAUACAAGUACAGAAAUCUACUGCAAGAGAUAGCGGAUCAACGCCGCGACGAUUUGCCUGUCCACCUCGAAGAUGCCGCCUCUUUCUUCUCUUCUGGCAGCGAGUCCGGCAACAAAGGCAAGGGGGGAAGCCUUGGGGUCUAUGACGGCCUCUUGGUGAAUACACCGCGUUACCUCGAACUUCUUUUCAAGGCCGCUGACAUGUUGCUUAGCCAGACAGACCUCUUCCCCCCCGCAGAGACUGCUGAAAGCAGAGAACUCGGGGUUGAGGCUGUCCUCGAUGGUGCACUCAAUCCAUCGACGGAUCUAAAUGAAGAGACCGUCAUAGCGACAAAGAAGAACGACCCAUGGAGAAGGAUUAGGGCCAGAGAUAUGGCUGCACGCGGCGUCCCUGCUCAUCUCCGGCACAGCUUCCGGAUAGCCCUGGUUCCUCCUACGCGUGAAGCUUGCCGGACGUUCCGUUCCGUCGGUGCCUCUUCCAUGGGACAGUUUUCCUUCUUUUCCGCGGAAGUCGUUCGCGUAGAGCCACCCAAGCCCAAGCUCGUGGUGGCCGCAUACGAGUGCGAAACAUGCCAUGAUAAGGUCUUCCAACCCAUCGAAGAUGCCGCGUUCAUGCCUCUCACGAACUGCCCUCAAUGCCGCCUGUCAGGCCGGAAGGAAAGUGCUCUUCAUUUUCAUUCCAAGCUGUCUCUCUUCCUCCCAUCCCAGACGAUAAAGGUUCAAGAACCGCCCAGCCAGGUCCCUGAAGCGGACGUACCCCGGGCUCUGACGUGCCACUUGAUAGGCCACGCGUUUGUCAAUAGACUGCAACCAGGCAUGCAAGUUACGCUGGGCGGCGUGUUGCUCCCUGUACGCCAGUUCGGCUUUGCAGCACUUCGCGCGGGCUUGAUUCAACAGAAAGUCUUCGAUGUCUGUCACAUGGUUUUGGAGAAGCAGCGGACCGUGGAUGACAGGAGAGAGGAGGCGGAGGUCUCUGCUAAGUUGGAGCGCCUCCGCAGCCUCCCUGGUGUAUAUGAGCUCCUCGCGCGCAGUGUUUCUCCUGGAGUAUAUGGAAUGGAAGACGUAAAGAAGGCGCUGUUGCUGCAGCUUAUCGGAGGCGCCCGCAAAGUGAAGGGUGAUGGGGGCCUUAUACGGGGGGACAUCCACGUGUUACUUAUGGGAGAUCCCGGCCUCGCAAAGUCGCAACUGAUGAAGCAAGUGUGCGCCAUUGCGCCAAGAGGUAUAUACACCACAGGGAAGGGUAGCAGCAGCUCCGGGCUAACAGCUGCUGUUCUGAAGGACCCGCAGACCCACGAGACAACUUUGGAAGGAGGCGCGCUCGUGCUCGCGGACAAGGGAAUCUGCUGCAUUGAUGAAUUCGACAAGAUGGAUGAAUUUGAUAGAAGCGCGAUUUAUGAGGUCAUGGAGCAGCAGAGCGUCUCUAUCGCCAAGGCCGGACAUUGCAGCUGCCUCCCCGCAAGGACAGCAGUCCUCGCGGCCGCAAAUCCUAAAGACGGGCGAUAUGAUGUGCGCAAGUCGAUGAUGGCUAACAUGAACCUUCCUGCUGCUCUCCUCUCCAGGUUCGACUUGCAAUUCCUUUUGUUAGACCGACCGGACCCAGAACAAGACGCUAAAAUGGCUUCGCACAUUCUGGGCUUCUUCCGAUCUACGGGACCUAGCCAGCAAGCAGGGCAGCCUGAGUCUGGGAGAACCAGGGCGUCUACCUCAAAGGGUUGGAGGGGAAGCUCCCGGAGGCAGCAGCAGCAGCAGCAGCAGCCGGAGUUUGUGGAUAAGAAGGUGCUGAGGGCCUUUAUCGAAAGAGCGAAAGAAAUUGAACCAGUAUUGUCUGAGUCUUUGAUUCCUCAGAUCAGCGAAUGGUACAGCUCCACGCGUUUUGACGAGCAGCAGGAAGAACGGCUUUCGGGGGUUCUGCCCUCAUACACCACGCCAAGAGCCCUCCUGGGGCUUCUCAGACUCUCACAGGCGUUGGCACGUCUGCGUCAGUCCUGGGUCGUCGAGACACCCGAUUUCGAGGAGGCUUUGCGCCUUUUUGAAUCCUCCAAGGCCUCAGUGCGAGUAGCUGAGGAAGCCGCCAAGAAAAAGAGGAAAGACACUGUUUCUCACGUUUUCGAAAUUCUUCGGCGCACACGCUCACGGAUGAUCGAGGAGAAGGGGGCUCGCUGGGACGGCUACGUGUCUAUCAGUGACUUGGAGGCUCAGGCCACUGCAGUUGGGGUGUCUCCGCAGCAGCUACUACAGGCGCUUGAGCAGUAUGAGGAGCUUCUCAUUGUUGCCUUUGACUCCGAGAGAACAAAAGUCGCCUUCUUAGAAGAGGCUCGAGGUGGAGAGAGCGAGCAGGAGAUGCAGGAAGACAACGCUUAG